AUGUUAACAAAAAAAAUCAACAUGUGUCUGAGAGCAUUGUCUGCGGCGUUUUUCUCAUUUGUUCUCUGCGUCAGCACCGUCACCGCUGAUGUUCGACCGAAAUUCAUACAGAUUUCCCCUGCCUUUGGUGCUCGGAAUCCUCCCCCGUACACCGUCGUUAAUAUUGUCGCGGAGGCUCGGCUGCCUUCGGAUUUUCUUGAAGAAAUGAAGCUUGUCGAAGAGAGAAAGGCCCAGAGUCGUUUUCUUGCGGAUGUUGACCAGAAGGCAAAAGAAGCCUCUCAAGUCUUUCGUUCACUAAAGAUAGACAGGCAACGGAUCUCCAGAACCUUGGAUGCCAUCAGGUCUCAAGUGCUGAAUUAG